AUGGCGGACGUUGCGGCCGGCGACCUGGAUGAGACGCUGAAGGCUUUCUCGCAGAGGGCGGCGGAAGCUGAGGUCCGUUAGCGCUCCCUUCCUUUCCCCUCACCUCCCCCCUUCCUCUGUUGUGCUUCUUUCCUCCCCACGACGGAAAAGAGUCAGCGAGGAAGGCGAUUGUUCUGUGUGGCCUGUUGAAGGUGCUGCUGGGGAUGCCAUGGUGACCGUCAUCUCUGCGCUCUCGGGAGAGAAGAACUCGCAGGCCAGAUGAUCACCUGCAACGAGACGAGGCCAGGUUUCCUGGAUAGGAAGGAAAUACGUGAAUGGAUGAAAUUUCUUGGGAUGAAUGACUCACAACAAUGGGUUUUAUUUGAAGAAGCAUAUGCCUCAUAAGCCCUUCGUAGUCGGCGAUUUAUAGGGAGAACCGUGAAACCAUUAGUCCGUUGACCACUUUUCAGAGGUCCCUAAACCCUCAUUUUAGAGAAAGUAGCAAUUUGGCACCUUGGUGGAAGUGUCUUCACAGGGAAGACAAAAGUUCCAGGGAACCAAAGCUAUUUAGAUUAAGAAAUAAAAUAAUUUUUGGUAGAAUAGUGUGCUGUAUGAUCCAAACGUAUGGAAUCUGUGAUUCUAUGUCCUCUUGAGCAAGGGGGCGAGGGUCUAAUUUUCUUAACAGAGAACAAGCUUAUUUCUUGAUCUUUAGGCUGGAAUCUUAGAAGGGUUCUGACGGUGGAAUCCUCUCUUGAAAUUCCCUUUUUGUUUCAUGAAUCGCAAAAUCUUCAUAUAAAAAUUGUAAUUUUUUUUUUCUGAUCCAGUUGUUUUCUCUUCAAAUUCUCUUCAAAUUCUUCAAGUAGUAUCGCUUGCUGCAUAAGAGAGUGGAUGACUAGAAGACAAGCAGCCGCCAUAUGCUCUGAUCAUUAGCUACACCCUGAUUUCCGCAGGAUAUUUCUCUUCAACUAUACUUAUGAGGGUCUGCUAUAGUUUGAUCGACAGUUUUCUAGUUAUGGGUGCAGCUUUCUCAAUGAUGGGUCAAAAUGUUGUAUCUUCGACAAAAUCAGACCUUAUGGUUUCAGCCUUUGUCAACGAGAUUUAGAAAAGCCGUAGAAAUGUAAGGAAAACAAUCAAAAGCAUUGUUCGAAGGCUGGGCCACGUCAAUCAUUCCCCUAGUGAACACCAUCCAUCCUUUAUAUCUCCCUCUCAUCGCUUCUAUCCCACAUCAGCCCGCUGACUUUCCCCCUUUUGGAACUGAAGGAGCGUCUUGCUCGGCUGGAGGCAGUGGUUUCGAGUAAGAGCUUUCCCCCCCCCAUUUUUAUCCAAGUUAUAUAGUUCAUAGAACCGUCAUCUUAUAGAUUCCACCUUAUCUUGUGUAGGUGAUCGUACUGCCAGUGAGAAGGAACUGUCCAGUUUGGUCAAAGACUUCCACUCGAAAGUAGAGAUUGCUCAACAGGAGCUUGCGGCUGAGAGAGAGAAGGUUGGCUCUUCAGUUCAAUACUGCAUUUUCUUUGGCCGCUACCUUAAUUCAUGGAGCCCAUCUGAAUCCCUUGUGGGUAUGGUUUAGGCGUCAAAGGAAAUUGAGAAAUUGACAUCAGAGAAUGCCAAGCUUCAGUACAGGAUAGCCCACCUUGUGCGAGCUCUCCAGGAGGCAGAUUCAAAGCUGGGAUCUUAG